AUGACCUAUACUUUUCCAGCGACUCCUUCCAAGCAGAGUAGACAUGAGUCCGAAAACAAAGAGCUGGCGUCCUGCUUGAAGGGCAGCGGUAACCCUGAUUCAUACCAGCAUAAGCAUAGCACUUCGCAAGUACGGUUUUCGUUACCCUUGGAGCCUGAUGAGCAAAGCAGCACAUAUGGUUCCGAGGAAGAAACUAGCGGCAGAGAGACUAGUCAAUUACCGUGUACAAGAGCUUCUCCAACAAGGGUCGUUUUCCCUAAGUCGUCCGACGGCGAUUCAUCUCAGCAUUUCGUGGACUUCCAGAACAGAGUGAUGAUUGACGUUCCUGAGCAUAUCUGGCAGUUUCACAAUGAUCGCGGUAGAGACAGCGAAUGCGUUACAAGCCCAACGAAGGGUCACCGGCGUCAACCGUCGCUGCAAUCUAUGAUUGCCGAUACGAUCCAAAAUUAUCAGCCGUCACCAAGCAGAAGUAAAGCAACAGGUGUUGGAAACGAAAGACCACGUCUUAAAGCAACAGAGCUAUACUUGCGAUCAGACUCGCCGCUAAAUCGAUACCAGGUAGCGGUGCCACUAGAGGCCGCUUUACCGCCGUACCUUUCACCUGAAAACAAGUCCAAGCGACGUAGUAGCUUCAUUUACGAUGGUGAGGGCUAUAGUUUAUUUUCUGCACAAGAUGCUUACUCUGGCUCUUUAAGCGAUGGCCACGAUUCAAUCCAACAUUCUCUUGCAGACAGGUCUACUAGUCACUACAGUGAUAGUUCUAUACCAUCGGCAAUGCACGAAUAUUCAUUUGACGCCGCAGGAGACGUUGACAAGAUGCUUGGUAUCGACGGGGAUGCAAAUGUCAGUCUAAAAAAACAAGCUCGUAAUUUACUUGACACUACACACAAGCAUUCUCGUGAAAAAACAACAUAUUCACGUUCUCCGCCAACUACUGCACUUAGUACACCCACAAAAUCGACCAGUCGCGCAGAUCUACAGCCGACACAUUUGGAAGCACCACGAGAAGCAAACCAAGCGGGCAACUACGACACACUGACAAGCCCAUCGAAAACAAUUUUCAUACCCGACAUUGAGAGCAUUACCGCAUCUCCCAUCAAAAACACUGUUAGCCGCUUUCUGGCUAAAAUGGAUGAAGUUUGUGAAAAUAAAAAAUCCACCACCAACUUCAAUGAAUCUAAUGAUGAAAUUAACGCCAAUUUUCGCUUCCCUUCGCCAAAGAACUCCACUGAUCAGUCAUCACAGUCAGCAGGGAACGACGAUUUCUUGCAUAUAUCUGAGGCAGCUGCGGAUAAUUCUUUCGAGCGAAGACGAAAACUGCUUCAAAGGCAAUCCUCAGAAGGCGUUGGUCUACGGAAGCACACCCACUCAAGGACUCGGAGCAUCCACAAUUCUCGGGAUCUAUUUGACAUCGCAAAAGGUCAACAAGUGGAAAAUACUGGGGAGACAGAAGAAAUCCAAAUUCCAGCACGUUCGCCGAAGAGGGCAGAAGCAAGAAGCCUAUCGGUGAUUGGUAGUAGGUCUGGUAAAAUCAUGACAACUUCUUCACCAAUUAUUGGAUCACACAACGAGUCUAAAAUAAUAGAGCAAGGGCCCGCUGGAGAAAGCAUCGCGCGCCCAACCUCAGGCUCUAUGAAUACCCCUUCAAAAGAGAAUAAGACUGAUGUUAAGAUGAAAUCCAACCUUUCCUUCUCUACUGCACAUCCUACCAAGGAUGAACCUGAUCAACACAAAACCCAGCAUACUAGUAGCUUUUUGAAUUCACCGAAUGAGGUUCUAGCCACUAAUUUCUUCGCCACUACAAAUGAUGAAUUAGACUUCCAAGAGUCAAGUGGUUUUGAAAGUAAAGAUUCCACAAACAACGAUACCUUUGAUGGUGAGAUAAACAAUGAGAAAAGUAUUGAAAUUCUAGGGGAAAGCAAAAUUGCUAAUAUGAAACCUCUCUCAACCUACCAUUCUUUUAUGAAUCCGUUAAUUCCCGCGACAGAAGGUGGCUUGGAAGCUUUGUCCACCAUACCAUUCAAGGCAAUGAGAAGUCUCGCCCCUUCUAGAGAAUUUUCUAAUAACUCGAGUCAAUCAUCUAUUAGCUCGAGAGACAGUCUUCCUUCUCAUCCUUCCACAGCCACAGCAUAUUCCCAACAAAGUCGGCCAACUUCAAAUCAGCUUUUUAGUUUGGUAAAGAAAAACCCCAAUAUUCCAUUUUCGACAGCUAAUAGACCGAGUCAUCUUCCUUCUCCGGAAGUAGAACCGAGUGCUCUCAAAAGUUUGAGCCCACGGAUAACGCAAGAGUAUAUCGGAGGGAAGUUGGUUGAUGUUGUUUUGCUGGAUGACUCAGAGGAUGAAAGUUCUCAAGCAACUAAGGAGAGGCCAAAGUCAGUCCACGAAGAGGCUAUUCAACACUACAGAGAGAUUUUAGAAUUAUGCGACAAGACAGCAGAGAGAGCAAAAGGCGUCAUUCUUGACCUGGUCAAUGCUCAAAAACAGCCUGCUGCCUUUAACCAACAUGGACUCCCUACACGCACGAUCUCGCCUUGUUUAGAGGAUACCAAAACUGCUUUCUCUCCAGGCCCAAAAUUACCAAAGCACGCGCGCCCGAACCAUUCCGCCGGAUCCCUUUCAGGCUCACGAUACAUAUCAAAUCUAGAGAGAAUCAGAGUGCCAGGAAAAAAUAGCUAG